AUGUCCACGCAUUUCCAGCUCGCCCUCGUCGUGGUCCUGGCGUUGAUCGGCAGUGCCCAGGCAGUCCUCUUCAUCCCGCGACAGCCGCCCAUCGCCUUCUUCUGGGCCACCGCCAACGACUCGGUCAAGACGAUCCCGCAGUGCGGCACCUUGCAGGUCUUCACCACCCCCUCGCCGACCACCAGCGUCCAGCCGGUCGGCCCGUUCUACUUCACGGCCGCCGCACAAGGCUACGUCCCCGAGACGCAGCUCGUGACGCAGCAGAUCGGCGGCGCGUUCAACUGGACCGCCAACUAUGCCGUCGGGACCCAGCUCCUGUUCGCCAUGACCGACUCGGCCAACAACUCUGGAGGAGCAGUCGACGGCUACACGGUCAUUCCCGGCUCGGACAGCUGCGAGCUCAACUCGGCGUCCAACUCGCCUGCAUGGCUCAACGUCGCGACCUACCCGGACAACAACCCGUGCAGCGAGAUCGACUUUGACCUGACGGUCGGCAAGGCGCCGUUCACCGUCUCGAUCCUCGUCCCGCAAAGCGGCGCCUACCUGAACGCCACGGGCAUCGACAAAAAGUCGUUCACCGUCAAGAACAUCGUCCCGGCCGGCCAGUCGUACAACUUCUGGGUCACCGAUUCGGAGGGCGCGUCGUCCUACACCUCGUUCCCUCGCACGUCUCAGCUCAACCAGUCCAGCUGCAGCGAGGCCGUGCGACCGGGCGGCGACUCGAGCACCUCGGUCGGCACGGUCGUCGGCGCCGUCAUCGGCAGCGUCCUCGGCGCGCUCGUCAUCGCCGGCGUCGCGUGGUGGUUCGUCCGCCGACGAAAUCGGCAACGCGCCGAGCGGUACCGACAGCAGCCGCCUGCCGCGACGAGCGAGUUCCGCACGGCCGACGGUCGGGCGCCGCUCGUCGAGCCGUUCCGGAUCCCGAUGGCGGGCGCCGCAGCAGGAGGAGGAGCCGCCGCCGGCGACACGUUCGACGACCACAGCCCGAACGCCGACUCGUUCGAGAAGGGCCUGUACCCGCUCUCGCCCGACCAGCACUACCGCCGAGACGGUCCGCCGAGCGCCGGCGUCGUUCCCGCACCGCCACCUCCCUCGCACCUGUACGACCCGAGCGCGCACCCGUACGGGCACGCCUACGACCCGUACGACCACGCGAGCUACACGGCGACGGCGGCGUCGGCGAGCGCAGCAGGUGGGCACGGCUACGACCCGGUCGCGUCGUCCUCGCCGGCCGACACGACCGAGUACCUGUCGCCGUCGUCGGCGCCGGGCACGUCGUACCUCGGCGAGCACCAGCAGCACCAGCAGCACGGCGUGCGCGACGACGCCGAGGCGCCGGCGGGCGAUGGCACGGACGGGCUCGCGCACCCAGGCGAGUUCGAGUACCGGCUGCCCGGCGAGAGCCCGACAGGGCCGGCGGGACCGCCACGGCCGUGGGCGCAGCAGCAGGGCGCCAUGCCGUACGGGCACAGGCCAUACUGA